GACAUGUUGGCUGGGCAGAGGAAUGCUGCAGGAGCUCUUGUAGAGGCGCCCAGACUACCUGUCCAUACAGCACGUUCGGGAACGGUAUGGACAGCAGGCUUGCAGUGGUGGUGUACAGUGAGGAGGGGAAUAUACAAAAAAAAGUCUAUAUCAAGCACCGAGUAUUUCAAUUAAAUAGAUAUUUUGCAAUCACACAAACACACAUCCCGUUUUUAGCUUCCGCUACUGCGCUAAUUAAAUUCUGGAAGCCCCGCCUCCUUUGUGACGUCCGCAGAGCGCUGCCGUGGUCUGGAUGUCUGUUGUGUCGCUCUUGUAUUUCUAUCAAACGCUCACUGACCACGCGAAUGGAGGGACGUCCCAAACAACGCGCCGAAACAUUUUAUAGAAAGGAUGAAGACAGCGAAACUGCCAAAAUUCAGAUGGAGGAUGGCGAAAUAAGGCCGGAUAAUAAGACAGGCAGUUUGCAGAGUAGUGCCUCAAAUAGGAGAACUGAUCUAGAGCCAAACCAUCAUAUAAUCAAGUACAUGCCAGUAGAAGUACCAGUACAUGACCAGUACAUGCCUGAAUUUAGUGAUCAGUUCCCUGGCCUUAACCAUCAAGACUCACAAGAACUGUUGUCCCGUGGAGGCACUUGCUUUGAUCCACCUCUGUUCACUUGUGUUUCACCAUUCUCCAUACCUGAACUGACAUUCUGUCAGACAAGGUCAAAUUGUGCAAUUCUGUUUACAGCACCUGCCACGGGUCUGACUGCGCAAGCAGUGAGGUUAACCUCAUGGAUGAGGAUGAUAUCACUUUGGAGAACAAGGACAUCUUUUCUAUUUUAAACGAGGAAUAUGGCUUUUUCCAACAGCCUGGCGCCCAGACGUAUGGUGAAGGCACACAAAACGGCACAGAGAUCCUGGAGUCUGUACCAUUCUUUGACAUGGAUUCCUUCGAGGCUCUGUUGAACCAAAUUGAUCAGAUGGUCAAUAAUAGUUCGAAUUUGUAAUACAAAUCUUUUAAAUGUAUUUAAUUUGACAUAUAAAACUCAAAUAAAGGUUUUGAAAGCCA